GAGUGCGACCGCGCGGCGGCUGCCUCUUCCCCUCGCGGACACCAAGUUCGACUGGAAGCCAAUAAGAGGCGGCACCGACAUGUUAUUAAUAUCAUUCCGCCUCGAUCGCUCCUUCGCCGCCACAAAGCGAAAAGCCCACCCGCAACACACCAUAUCCGGGGACUAUAUGCACCGCGUUCAAGUGUAAUUAUCUGCGCCGCGGAGGCGUUCGCCUGCGUUGUAGACGGUUAUUCGGACGGCGCGCGGUCGGUGUGUUUUAUUCGUCGCGUUUUGGCCACUUGUUACCUGCGUCGUCGCUGCUUUUGACUCUCAGUUUGCGAGGCCGGCCCCGCGGCAUAGUUCCAGUACUCGGGGCGGGUUGUGCUGUGAACGGGUUCGGCUUUUUUUUUUUUUUUCCAAAAUGGCGUCUCCGUAGAGACGCGGCGGCGGCGGCGGCGGCAGCGGCGUCCGCCCCCGAGAAGACGCGCCGCGGCAGCACGGAGCAAGGGAGACAUCUACCGUCCGGUCCGUUGUACAUGCAUCGACAGUCAGUCCCUUGACUCGUAGUGAAUAAGCAACCAACCAAGUGCAUGUUCAUUGUGUAAGAACAUCUGUUCCUGCCAGGCCGCCGGUUACUCUGCCUGUCCCCCUCGCGGCUGCACAGGCCACUGAUCUCACCACGGAAAACAAAAGACUGGACAUCACUCUGACCUUGUGGGAUUGUCCACGCCCCUCUUUCCUCCCUCUCCUUGUUGUGUGUUUGUCGUUUUUUUCCCUUUCUUUUAUUUUGCGCUGUGGUCUGCUCCCUUUCCUCUCACUGCAGCCAAGAGGGGAGUGAUCAAUCAUUAAAAUUGUCAUGGGCUCUGGGAGCGAGAUUGUCAGGAAGCCCACCUCUCCCGGAGACAUGCUAAACUCGUGUUGGGAAAAAAAAACACGCUGAGAGCGGAAAGAGAGAGAGAGAGCUGCGGUUGCUGUGUCCUAUAUCUAGCCUUGUCAUUCAUGCUAACAAGCCUCACCAACAAACUGGCGUCAAUGAUACUGGCUGAGCUUUAUUUCUCAGACCGGACGAGACAUGAGUCAGACUUGGGGAUGCGGUGCUUGUUUGCAUAUGAGAUGAUCUAGUGAAAAAGUCCUGUGCGGUUAUUAAAGAUUAAUUCUUAGAUUUUCUUAGGAAUAAAAAAAACUGCUUUGGAACAGCUGCAUCCGUUGACUGAGGGGUUGUCUCUGCUGAUUUCAGCUUGUAUGUUUUCCCUUUCAAACCAGGACAUUGUUGUCUGCAGAUUCACCAGCACCUCGCACAGAGGCAGACAAAGACCAAGUCAGACUCCAACCUCGAACAAAGGAUAAAUUCAGACCCAAUAUUCUCCAUAUGUAUCACGAGGCUGGGCAGUACAUUCCUUGACGGUGCUGUGUGUGUGUGUCUGUGUGGGUGUGACAGGUCUUACCAUGACCCCUGGAACGACCUUGUUCAGUAACAUUUCACGUCCUGCCAGUGCUUCUUCUCCCAGGUGUGGCAGAGUCUCCCCCUGCGCUGUCGGAGAGCACUGUCCGGAUCCAUGAAACCAAUCAUUCUUCGGAAUCACGGCAACAGCAUCUGACAGCCGCGGUCGCCAUGGGCGUCCUCCCCUGUGACCAUCCUCAACGGGGGACCGGGGAAGGUGGAUAAAGAAGAGAAGAGAAGCCGGUGAAAUGAAUAAUACGAGUUCGGUGGAUUAGCUAUGCCGACACAGAAACCUUCUGAUAACUUCAUGCCGCUGGCACAGUGAUGACCUGAAAUUGGACAAGGAGAACUUUCACUUCAUGUCGAGACAGAAAUCUUUAUUAGCCUCCCAUUAGCCUGUAAAGGUUGUUUUUUUUUUUUUUUUACAAUUUGCUACACAUGUCGUAGCAAAUGUUCGAGCUCGUGCCAGUUGCACACAGUUUCAGUCAUUGGUCCGAUGACAGUGUCAGAUGAAGAUGGAUGGAUGGUGUGGCAUGCAGUAGCUGGAGAGUGCUAACUGAGCUGCUGCGUUAGCAGCAUUUCUGGAUGACUGAAGGCAGAUAGCAUUUGAACUGAUAAACAAAGGCAGGCCGGACACCCCUAGAUGUGCCACUGUAGAUAGCAGUAGUUUCACGUUUUUUUUGUUGGUUUUUUUACGUCUGUGAAAGGCCAGAUAGAAAGGGGUAGAGUGGUUUUGUACCAUGAAUCCCAGAGACAGUGUGGAGGUGAUGGAGACUCAGGCUGGAGGCCAAAAGGAAAAGCUAGCAGGAGACAAGGCCAGCCGUGGGAAUGAGAUGGAGGGCGAGGAUGACAGAAUCCCCGGCUCUUAUGACUGCAACAUCUGUGGACGCAGGUUCCCGUUCCUCAGCUCUUUGUCUCAGCAUAUGAGACGCCACACUGGCGCGCGUCCGUACAAGUGCCCCUACUGCGACCACAGGGCCUCCCAGAAGGGCAACCUCAAAGUUCACAUCCGCAGCCAUAAGCUGGGCACGCUCUCGAGCCACCACUCCAACGACGACGAAGAGGGUGGGGCGGAGGAGGAGGAGAUGAGUGUUUCGGAGGGUCUUGAUGGCGGUACGAGUCCAACUAAAAGCAGCUCUGCCUGUAACCGGAUGAUCAAUGGGGACAGCGGCGAGGAGAGUCGGAGGAAAGUGCCCGCAAGGAGCCUGAAAAGAGAGAAGACUGUCACCGACCAGCGGCCUUACUGUUGCCGUCUUUGUGGCUACGAGGCCCAGCGAGAAGACCAGCUCCUCAGCCACAUCGAGAAGGUCCACAUCACAGUAGAUGCAGAAGAAGAGACGGCUGUCAAGGAAGAGGCUGUGACUGAACCUGAUGUCACCCAAACCCAGGGCGACGGGUCAUUCCCCUGUGAGACCUGUGGCCAAGUCUUUAGCCAAGCCUGGUUUCUGAAGUCGCACAUGAAGAAGCAUGCGGGGAUCCUGGACCACUGCUGUCGGAUCUGCGGACGGCGGUUCCGCGAAGCUUGGUUUCUCAAAUCUCACAUGAAAACACACAACACCAAAACUAGGUCACGGUCAAAAUCCGAGUUACCCGAGCAUCCAGCCACCAUCAACGACGUGGCCCAGGAUCCUGAGGUUGUUACUGGCUCAGUUGCAUCCAUCUAUCAAAUGUGCUCUAAAUGUGGGAACCUAUUUCACAACAAAGAGAGCCUGAGAGCCCAUGAAAAGGUUCAUAGUGUCGGCAAUGGAAGGAAAUCCCAGAGCCAGUGCAGACCCAGUGAUGAUGAGGACUCACCAGCUGCUAAGAGACGUUUUCUUGACUAUUUAAAUCUCCGGUCUGUUGAGGAAAAGAUCCCGGGCGAAGAAGGGGAAGGUGAGAAGGAUGUGGGUCGCAGAAUCGCAGAGCUAGAUCCAGUUUGCAGCUACCAGGCCUGGCAACUAGCCACUAAAGGAAGGGUUGUGGAGCCAGUGGAGCCCAGUUACAAGGCUUCCUAUGGUGGAGGAAGUAUGGGGGAGGAGGCCCUUGCCGGAGCCGCUGUGGUUUUUGAGAAGGAGAGCAGUCGUUAUGUUCUGCAGCGUCAGGAGAAACGCAGCUCGGGCAGACGCAGCAGCAGCUCUGGGUUGGGAGGCCAUGCCUCUUUGGGGGACCGCACACCGGAGAACCUCAGCGACUCAGAGUACCGGCCGUCGUCUCGCCAAGACCGACGGCGGUCGUCCCAGUCGCAGGCUUCCUCCAAGUCCAACGAGUGCUUCGAGUGUGGGAAGGUGUUUCGCAGUCGUCACCAGAUGAUCGUCCACCAGCGGGUCCACAGGAAGGACGGAGGCAGGGCGUCCGUGGGAGACAAGGAACGGACUGCGAGGGACGACCGAUGGGGCUCCACCAGCGAUCCAGAGUCGGGCUUCCCCAGUCGGCCCUGCACCCCGGGGUACGGAGACUCUCCGCCAGCCUCCACCCUAGGAGAUCAGGCCUCAGAGAUGGGUACGGCAAACUCUGGAGAGCUGUCAGAUGAGAAGCCUUACAUCUGCAGCCUGUGUGACUACGUUACCUCCGAGUCGCAGGCUUAUCUGACUCACGUUCGUGUCCAACACCCGCCUGGCCCCGAAGAUCGACCCAGCCCCGUUGCCAGCCCCAGCUCCGGCUCAGACAGGGCCACUCCCAGCGGCUAUCCCAAGCUGAAGAAAGCACUUCUCCAGGGGCUGAACCACUCUGCAUCCCCUCCGGCUUACCAUCUGGCUCGACCGUCCCCGCUCGACCCCGCCGUGGCCCCCGUGGAUCUGUGUGUGAGGGCUGAAGGCCUCAGGGGGACAGGCUCCUUAACCUUGGAUAGGAAGAGCCUCCCUAGCCACAAGUGCUCCUUCUGCUCCCACUCCACACGCUAUCCCGAGGUGCUCUGGAUGCACCAGACUGUGGCUCACCGCAUCAACAGCAGCAGCUCAAAUCUGGCUCCGAAGUGGGCCUUCAAGAGCAACUCGAAGGGCUCCAGGGACGGAUCGUUAUCCGCCAGGAGACGCACCGGCCCCCCACCGGUCCUGGAGGGAAAAGAGUGUCCACCGCUGCCGCCAGUGAUGCGCACCCAGCGCACGCGGCCCCCAAACUAUUCCAGCGAGGUGCUAAAGAAGAACAAGCAGGCCAGUCAUGCGGCCACGCCAUCGUCAUCAUCAUCUUCUACUCCUUCCUCCUCCUCCUCCUUCUCCAGGGGUUCCUCUUCCUCGUCAGGCACCCAAGCGGGGCGAGCCCCUGCACGGUCAGGCGGCAGCGGCGGCAGCAGUGCCAGGCACACGGAGAACCAGCCUCGCUUCAGGCCCAAAGUGGACAUUUACCCGAGGGGAAGCUCGCUGUCAUCCUCCAGCUCCAUGGAGAAGAGCAGCGGCGCCCCCUCGCACUCGUCGGCCCCGAGCCCCGGCUCCGCCACAGCUUCCAGGAUGGCCGACCGCUACUUAAUGCCACAAGAGGGCCUCGGCUUCAUGCUGUCCAGCAAACACGGCCUCGCUGAGUACAGCCGCGCCAGGGGCUCCCCUCAUCAGCAGCUCCCCAACUCCCACAGCCAGGGCCGGGCCAACGCCGCCAGGCCCAGCGCCGUCGCCCACGGCUCCGCGGCAGGACACGGCUACGGAGCCCCCCAGGCGCACCGAGGCACCCUGCACAAUUCCUCCCCCUCCUCCGCGCCUUCUUCCUCGCUGCCGUCGGAGGCUCGCGGAGAUGUGAAGCAGGAGCCGGUCGCCGAGAUGCCAAGUGACGUGCUCAGCUUCCUCAAAAACUACAGCCCCCACGAGCUGGCUGCCCUCUACCACCGCUGGGGUGCAGCCAAUGCCCUGAUGGAUCCAACUGGGAUGCUGAGGUCGCUCAUGCGACAGGGGCAGUACAUCUGUCGUGAGUGCGGGAAGAGUUUCAGCCAGCCCAGCCACCUGCGCACGCACAUGAGGUCCCACACAGGGGAGAGGCCAUUCUGCUGCCAGCUCUGCCCAUACCGAGCCUCUCAGAAAGGGAACCUAAAGACGCACGUCCAGAGCGUCCACCAUAUGCCUUUUGACAACAGCCAGUUCCCGGACACACGGAGCGUGCUACUGAGCCAGGAGGAGCAGGGAGCGCUGGCCGCCAAACGCCCAGCAACGCCACCAACACCACCACCACCACCACCACCACAACAACAACAACAACAACAAUAACAGUAACCCCCCCCUGAUGGACUGUGAUUCGGAUUUGGGGAAUCACACGACCCAAAGAAACACAGUCGCCAUUCCCAAGACUCAGCGACGGAUGUUUUGAGCCUCUCCUGUCCACGAUUAUCCUACAAUGAAGGUUCUUGUAGUUUUGAUUUUUGUUUGAAGUACUUUUGUUGUUGUAAGUUAGAGCUUCUCUGAAAGCAGAACAUUGGGCCGCGGAGGAAGGAAACAAUGGAGGGAAUUGACAGUGAAACUCUGCAGUUUGAUGUUCGGGUGUCCGGUGUGUACAGAGACGAAAUGAAGAGUGAAAUAUAAAGUGUUGCUUGUCUCGGCCUCUUUAUAGUGCGCAGGUUGGCGAAGUAGUUUACAUCACCUUAAAGGAUAUCCCAAUGUAGAGGUCCUCAGAAGUGAAAUAUUCUCCUCGUGCAAGUAAAGUUGCUUAGCUAGAAAGCAAAAAUAUUCAUGAGAAGAAAGAAAAGACAAAAAACUUGAACUUGAACGCAACUGCUUUUUAAUCGAGGACUUUGGCAUUGCAUGGCUGCUGUAGAUGCCCCCCCCCCCACCGCCCCUUCGCUACAUUUAUUUUUUUAACUUUAUCGUGUGUGAGAUCGUGUGCGUUCCUCAGGACACCUGUCAUCCAGGAGAUGACACGACAGAGAGGAGAAGAGGAAGAUGCUCUGCCGCCUUUCAUCGACAGUCAACUCACACAUUGCAAGUCCGUCUCCUCUGGGAGUCAUGAAGAGGAAGACUUACAUCAUCGCGCGUGUGUGUGUGUGUGUGUGUGUGUGUGUGCACCAGUGUGUUGAACUCACUUCCUUCCACUCUAGCGUGCAGUGACCACUCUGAGGCUGCACAGCUGAUGAUCAGAAGUGAAGCGAGAGAGGUAGGAUUAGAGAGAGAGAGAGAGAGAGAGAGAGAGAGAGAGAGAGAGAGAGAGAGAGAGAGAGAGAGAGAGAGAGAGAGAGAGAGAGAGAGAGAGAGAGAGAGAGAGAGAGAGAGAGAGAGAGAGAGAGAGAGAGAGAGAGAGAAAUGCUAAUGGGGGUGUCUGCUUUAGUGCUCAUUAAAAAGAGUGUGCGUUUUUAAUAGCCAAUAUAAACGAGCGUACCACUUUUAUGGUCAUUCAAUUAUUGUCCAUUUAAGAGGAAGGGACCGAGUGGAGGCAGUUUUGCUCCGUAACUCCAUCACGUCAGGGAGCGUUUCCCACGCCGACGCGUCCGACUUUGAAUCGGACUCCGCAAACAGUGGGAGUGGCGGGAGGAUGUGAGCGCAUCGCACAGAGGAAACUCCUGUACUGUACAUGCAAAGGAGAACACGGUACUGACAGUGUUGGCUCGCGAAAGAGACGCAUCUUAAUAUUUCCCAUUGAGUCCAAGAUAUACAAGUAUGCGAUGAAAUAAGUUAAUUCAAAAAAUGUCAUAUUACACAAAUUGAUAAGGGGAAAUGUCGGCCAGAAAAGCUUUCCCACAUGUCUCCCGUCAUCUCUGCUAAGCUAAGCCAAUCGCCAACCAUCGGAUAGAUACUUAAAUACGGAGAAUUCUCAAAUCAUCCAACUAUUGCUCUUUGAAGUUGGCAGAUUUGCAUAACGUGUACAUUGUACAUUUGAGAUAACAAACAAACGAGAGAUUCAGAGCUGAUUUUGCCAACGGAACGUGUAACAUCAGACGCCGCGAGUCUUCUUUUCUGGCGCGUGCGUGCUAUUUGCAAAUCGAGGGCGGGACAGAGGAGUGAGGAGGUCAGAAAAGAGAGAGAGGUCAGGAGGUCAGGAGGUCAGGGAUAAAUACACGAGUCGGAGACACUUUCGAGGCCUAUUAAACUGUAGAGCCGUCGCAGCCUUAACACAGGUGUGUGCGUGCGUGCGUGCGAGAGCAUCGAUGCAUGUGCAAACGCAUUCUUUCCAAACCUCUCCAUAACCUUAGAAGAGGUUCCACUAGCUUCUGUGUUCACUCCGGCCUCCCUUCGAGAUGCUUUGCGCACUAGCCUACCUCCUCUGCAACGAAAAAGCCUGUUUUAAGUUCGUCGGCUGGGGGGUCUACAAAGGUAGAACUGUUCUUCGGUGUCCCGUGCUCAGAUCUCUGCCCUCAGCGGUCUCUGAGACUGACCGAGCGCUGCCUGGACACGUCUGGGGGAAAAGAAGCAGACAAAGAAAAAGACAGUUCAAAGUCUCUGUCGAUCAUUUUUUUGUUUUUUUUGUACACAUAAAAUCAAAAUUCACACCAGUCGUAGAUCACGGAGCGAGUCCUGUACUCUCCCCGUCUAUCCGGAGACCUCGGCAGUUUUUACACGACGAUGGAGGGUUGUUUAGACGCGACACUGUGUGCGUGAAGAUGCCUAACGAUACACAGACGGUGUACGUUGAAGGGUGUGGGUAGUGAUAAAAUACUUGAAAUGGAUACUCUAACCUUUGUGGUAGUGUACUACUAAUACCAAUGUACAGAAUUUCCCUUUAAGAUUGAACUCCUCAGUUAUGAAUUUGUACUCCGAAGUGUGACUUAGAAAAAGCUAUGAAGCGGGCGCGAGUGUAUGUCAAAUUAAAAACUGUAUAUCUGUAAUCCACUUUUACCAAACCCUUUAUAUACAGCAGUAGAAACCAAAUGGCAUUACUACUAGUGCACUUAGAACUAGGUUACUGCUUUAACUGUUCUCAUUUUUGUCCAGUUCUAGCUAAGGUUUCUUUGAGAAUGUCCUUUUUAACGGUGCCGGCUAAACACACUUUCAACGUCGUUUCUGGUUUUUGUUUUUUUAUUAGGAUGAUCGCGUAUAGGUUUUAAUGGCGAAUGAUUUGUGUUUCCGUGACGGCCGUGUUGGCACAGCUUAUUUAGCUACGUUUUCCUCACGGGACGUUUGAUAAUGUUAGGUGCAGCAGUGCUUUUUUAUUUUUUUCUGUCAUGAAGACGUAAGAGUGUGUUUUUAGUCUUUCUCUUUGCUAAACUGUAGGAUUUGUUCAGUAGCUAGUCGUGGCUGCCGUCCCAGGUGCUGGCAGGUGUUGUGCUUUUCUCUUUUUUGGUUGGGUUAUUCUAAUUUUUUUUUUUUUAAAUCAUGCCUCUCAAGUUGUAUUAUUUGUGUCCUUAUUGUUUUUUCUUUCAUUAUUUGUUAUGAACUUCGUGAUUAAUUUACCUUAGAAGACUUUAUUAUUCCAAAUGUAUUUGGUUGAUAUCUGUAUUUAUUAUCACUUCAAAAAGGAUGAGAGGACCGAGGCAGACAGGAGCGUUUGUUUUCAAUUAGAUUUUCCUGGGUUGUUGUUUUUUUUUUUUUGUUUUAUUAUUAUUUUAUUUUUUUAAUAUCAUGUUCUUUUCACGCCAGCAAGCCGAUAUGUGAAAGCUCUACCUCGUCUGAGCCAUUCUCAGUUCUGUUUCACUUUUGUACAUCAUUUUAAAAAAAAGAAGAAGAUGUAAUGUCAUGUCCACAAUAAAGACACACAAAAUGCCA